AUGGCCAAGAGUCCUCGAGGCAACAAGCAGAGAUCAGUAGCAGCAGUAGCAGGCUCAGGCGAGAAAGCCGGAUCUUCCAGCUUCCUGGCCGAGCUUGACCACACACUGGAGAGCCGGCCAGUCAGUUGGUUACAGGCCGUGGAGUCUCUCAGCCAGAAUCCAUCAACCGAACCGCCAAGUCACGGGAUCACCAAGUCGAUCGAACAGACAACCAUUCACCACAACACAGAUCAGAAAGAUAACAACACAGCGGGACGUGACGAAAGCAACACCGCCUUUGACAACGAUAUCUUUGAUUUCGAAAGCAGUGGUGCCAGCAGUCAAGAAGAUGUCUCAGUAGACAGGAGAUCUCGCACUGAGGCGAUUGACUUGCUCCGCGCGAGAACAGCCACUCGUUCGACUCCCACUUCGAGCCCGACCCCGACGCAGACCCCUUCGACACCUGUUGUGACGGUGGUUGAUACUACACCAGUCAACCCUGAUGAUUCAUCUCCUCUUCCUCCUACCUUCUCUUCAACCGAGAACCCAGCUUUUGAGCAGUCAGCCAGCCUGUCUGUCGCAUCAUCUAUCAAGGCUCUACCAUCCGAGCAGCCAGCGACCUCACCUCUUUCUCUAGGAUCUGAGGUCAAACCUUCUGAUCACAUACUGAGUCCGCCUGUCUUAUCGUAUCCGAAGGAACAACCUUCUGUGGAGCCCCUGAGCUCGCUCGCUCCUGCAGCAUCUGUGGGUAUAUCCAGUGAGCAUCCAGUGAGCUCGCCUGCCACAUCAUCACAGGAUAAGGAUUGUGAAGAGCCUUUGGACGUGUCGGCUCCCAUCACCUCUGAGGGUAAAUCUUCUGAGACGCCAGUGGCCACGGCAAGACCUUCAACACCUGAGAGCAAACACUCCAGCUUGUCAGCCCGUGCAUCUUCAUGUAAGGCUCAGACAUCUGAGCAGACAUUGAGCUCACCUGUCCCUUCAGUUUCCGAAGACAAGCCUUCUGUACAGAUAAUGAGCUCACCUAUCCCAUUGAAACCUGAAGCCAAAGCUUGUGAACAAGCAGUCGACCCAAUUAUCUCUCCAAGAGCCGAGGAAACCACCUCUGGGAAGCCAUUGAGCUCACCUGUCGCAUCGAAAUCCGAAGAGAAACCAGCUGACUCAAUUAACCCUUCAACAUCUGAAGAAAAGCCUUCCGAACAUCCACAGCCACAAAGCCCACCUCUUACAGCCUCCUCAUCUCUCUUUAUUCAGCCAUCAGAGCCAGCCCAGAGCCCAUCUCAAGACCAAUCCCCCCAGCAACCCCAGCCACCCCAGCCAACCGCACCCACCCCAAAGAUGGAGCCUACCAAGUCAUCCAAGAAGGCCAAGAAGAACAAGGCCAAGAAGAACAGAAAGAAGGCCAACCGUGCGGCAGCAGGAGGUAGUGGUAGUGGUAGUAGUGGUGGUGGAGGAGCAGGCACAGGAGCUGCCGAAUCGAGCAACCUAUCCACCAGCGGACAGAGCGAGGCCUCCGACGCGGCGACCGCCCUGACCAAGUCUGUCAACGAGCACGAGCUAUUAGCGAAAGAAGCAGAGACCAACAAGGGCAGCAGCAACAACGGUAGCAGCAGCAGCCGCCACGAGGUCAAAGCACCAGCAACUUGGAACAAACUACCUGAGCUCGCCAGCAACACGAGCAAAAUCAACAAGUCGGACAUCAAGCUGAGUGCUGCCGUUGCUGCUACUGCUGCUGCUGCUCAGAAUAGAGGCAGUCGGAAUCUCAGAGUCCAUCCGGAUACUACCGCUGCCGCUUUUCAGGAUCAAGGCGAAAGGAUACACGAUCCAGAGACUGCUGCCAAGAUAGUAGCCAUCCAGGCGGCCAUCGACAGGCUGCAAGCCCUACAACGAAACCCGUCCGAGUUCAUCGAGCCGAUAGAGGGGCUGCUGAGAAUCGAGACGCCACCCGGUCAGUCCUACGCGGGUCCCUUGUUGGCCAGUACGAGAAUCGCGAACUUCACCGUGGCGCCCUGCCGUGGCCGGCCUGGGACUGCAAGGUCCGAGGUGCCUACCAAGACCGACGGGGAAGAGUCGACUCUCGCGAAGGGCUCGAGCAAGGAAGCCGGUUCUCCACCUCCGUAUUCGAGGGAUCCUGAGCCCACCACGCCUCAGAGCAACACUGUCACCACUCGAACCGCGCUCACCCCCAUCCAGGAAGCCACCGCCGAAGGCCAGCGGGAAGGCAAAACGGGUCAAGGUGAUACUGAUAAAUCCGGCACUCAGGAGGCAGGGGAAGGAGGUGACGCGCACGAUCUGACCCCCAAGUCCACCAGCACGACCUCUACCGCGUGGACGGCCAGCCAGCAGGCUCUUCAGACCACGCCCCAGACCGCCGUGACCUCUGAGCCAUCCACCACCAAGACAACCGGCACCCAGCCAAAGGCCAGGGGAAACAAUACUACCACCACAACGCAGUCCAGCGCCAAUAGAUCAACAAUUCCACUCCCACCACCAGCGACCCACCCCCAGGUCGCCAGUAGCAGCCACGCGCACCCCUCCCCGCCUCCCCCGACCACAGUCACAUCCACAGCGAGAACCCCGCUCAGCCCUACGGCGAGCACCACAAGCACAAGCACAAGCACCACCCACUACCAACAGAUUUCCAACGUCCGGGGCGGCACGCUCUCCAGCCAAAAGCCCGAGGGAUUCUUCUGGCAACUCGACAGCCACGGCUUCCCCUGCGCGCUGCGCAACUGCCCCAAGCGCUGCAACUCCUGGGAUGGAGUCACCGUGAUCUGUCCGGGGUGCGGCCCCUUCUCCGAGACCCGCUACUGCUGCCGCGACCACUUGCUGCAGGGCAUCAAGACGCACUGGCCCGUGUGCGGCGACCAGGUCUUCGUGCACCCCUGCCGCGAGAGCACGAUCCCGCGCGACGUCCGCGAAGGUCCGCCCCUGAUCCCCUGCCUGCACAACUACGACAUGCCCGAGCGCCACCGCCAGGCGGUGUACUUCCGCAUGAACGAGCGCCAGGGCGACUACUUCAUCUUCGCCGACUGGGCCGACUACGUGCGCGCCGGGUUCCCCGAGAACACGACCGCGGUGCGCUGCGCCAAGCGCGUGGUGCAUACCGUGCGCUUCGAGGAUUUCGAAGAGAAGGAUCGGUUCCGGCGUGUGCUGGCGAUUUGUUUGUUUGCGACGGUUGAGGUUCAUGCGCUGGUUGACUACAUGUACCGCCUCAUUCGUGAUCAACUCCGCGGCGCGAACGCAUCCAAGCAGCUUGAGGCCGCGCUACGCUACCAGAUCCAUGCGGAGACAAGCGUGUCCAUCCAGCAGUACAUCACGGGAGAGCGCCACGCAUGUGCCACUGAUUGGGACGGCCGCAACCGCCGCAACUGUCCGGAUCAGGUGUGCCGGUCCGAGUAUCGUCGACUCCUGGGUUCCUUAGGCGGAGGUGGUCUACGUGAAGUUGUGAGGAAUAUGGAAUCAACUUACUGGAUUCUCCGCGCAGCCAGAACCACUCAUCCGACAGUCAACGACCCGAAGAAGCGCAUGCUCGGUGAGGGCUUCGAGGGCGUGGCGGAGGAGGAUCAGAGGGUCUUUCGACGUGGUGAUGGCUGGGAUGGCGCCGGUACCGGCAACAUGGAGAUCGAAGGUAUGAAUGAGGGUCCUGAAGAAGCAUGA